GUGGUUAACCCUUUCACUGCCUGGAUCUCCUGUCCUCCUGCAGAACUGUCACCCUGUUUGCUGGGAACUUGACAUAUCGAUUUCUACCAAUAGGUUUCUUAAUUCAUAGAUUUCUAAAACGGAUGUGUGUAUUUUCUAUUUUGUUAUCAGUUUUUGAUCUGCUUAAUAUAUUGGUGCAUAUAUGUAGCAACAAAGAGAACAUGGUGUUUAGUGUGUAUCACCUCUUUACUCUCUGUGUAUGUUAUAUAGUGUAUUGUCUUGUAAAUAUUUUGCCCGUUGAACUUGAGUAGAGGUAGUCUUUUGUUUCUUCUGGAAUAACCUAAUUAUCAAAACCAUUAAAAAACUCCUGGGAAUAAGUAGUUUCUUUCAUUAAUGGACAUUAUAAUAGUGCUGCCAGUGUUCAUGUACUUUGGGGCCAAUCCAGCUUUUCCACACAAUGUCCCUGGAUUUCUUUAUACCAGACACACACUGAAAUGUCCUAUUUAAGUGGUUUCCACCUCUUUUUUUCCUGUCAAUCACUUAAAGGAAAAGCUUGCUCAAUAGAGACUGAAACUUUAAUGCCAACAUUAUCAAGUACAGUCUGAACAUCUAGUGGAAUUUGCAAAAUGGACAAAAGGAAGGACUAUAAUUCAAUGAAUGAAGAGCAGAUGGGAAUGCAGAAUUACAGACUGUUAAGAGAACAGUGAGCUUUGAGGUCAAAGUUUGUAGACAAAAGGGCAGCUGAAGGUAAACUAAAGGAGGCAAAAGAGGCGCAAGAAAGAAGAGAGCAGAACCAGAGUAAAACAAGAAUUGGAGAGAUCUAUUCUGUUUCUUUCCUGCCCUUUAUUUUCCUUCUUUCCCCAUCCCGUGUGUGUGUUUUUGGCAACGUGGAAACUUCUCUGCCUGGAAAUUCAAUAGAAAAUUCUAUGAUUGCUCUUUAUCACUAUUUUUCCUUUUCAGAGUCCCAUUGAUAUAAUAUGUAGCUCCAAACUUUAAUCAUGGGGCCUUUCUCCUUGUUUUCUUAUGUUCUCUGACUUUUGCAAAUCUGUGGUUUCUGUUGAGAAAUAGAAGCUCUUUUGAGAUUUUUUCCCUAAUUGCUACAGUCUUUUGAAGAUUUGAGAACAUUCAGCUUCUCAGCCUCACUGGAUAACACACCUUCUACAACUUUUUGUUUAAGUUUUAGCUGACUGUGACUUGACUUUGGCUAGACAGAACUACUGGAAAAGAGAGAGUGACUGCCAGCAUGAUUGAGAUCUGACCAACUGUCUCGAUACUUCAGUUCAGUCAUCUGCUGAGCUACCAUGGCAGUCCCAUCUGCUUUGGUGCCCUCCUCAAUGAUGUCGCUGCCACAGGUAAUUGAGUCCACAGUCAUGAGUGAACCCCAGUGCUACUACAAUGAAAACAUUGCCUUCUUUUAUAACCGGAGUGGAAAAUAUUUAGCCACUGAAUGGAACACUGUCAGCAAGCUGGUGAUGGGACUGGGUAUUACCGUCUGUAUCUUCAUCAUGCUGGCCAACCUCUUGGUUAUGGUGGCUAUUUACGUCAACCGCCGCUUUCACUUUCCUAUUUAUUACUUAAUGGCCAACUUAGCUGCUGCGGACUUCUUUGCAGGACUGGCCUAUUUUUACCUAAUGUUUAACACGGGACCCAACACUAGAAGGUUGACUGUCAGCACCUGGCUUCUUCGCCAGGGUCUUAUUGACACUAGCCUGACGGCAUCUGUAGCCAAUUUGUUGGCCAUUGCUAUUGAGAGGCACAUAACGGUCUUCCGAAUGCAGCUGCAUACUCGAAUGAGCAACCGCCGAGUGGUGGUAGUAAUUGUUGUCAUCUGGACUAUGGCCAUUGUGAUGGGGGCCAUACCAAGUGUCGGCUGGAACUGUAUUUGUGAUAUCACUCAUUGCUCCAAUAUGGCGCCUCUCUAUAGUGACUCCUACUUGGUCUUCUGGGCUGUUUUCAACCUGGUCACUUUUGUGGUCAUGGUGGUCCUCUAUGCUCAUAUCUUUGGAUAUGUGCGCCAAAGAACUAUGAGAAUGUCCAGGCAUAGUUCUGGGCCCCGCAGAAAUCGGGACACCAUGAUGAGUCUGCUGAAGACCGUGGUCAUUGUGCUUGGUGCUUUUAUAAUCUGCUGGACCCCAGGACUAGUCUUGUUGCUCCUUGAUGUUUGCUGUCCUCAAUGUAACGUCCUGGCCUAUGAAAAAUUCUUCCUGCUACUUGCUGAAUUCAACUCUGCCAUGAAUCCCAUUAUCUACUCCUACCGGGACAAGGAAAUGAGUGCUACCUUCAAACAGAUCCUCUGCUGUCAGCGCAGCGAGAGUGCCAAUGGCCCCACCGAGGGCUCUGACCGCUCUGCCUCAUCGCUUAAUCACACCAUCUUGGCUGGAGUGCACAGUAAUGAUCAUUCUGUGGUUUAAAACAGAACUGAAAGAUCCAAAAGGACCAGAGAGCAUUUUUAUUGAUGGCUGAACAAUAACAGGCUACGAAACCACGUACAAAGAGGGCUGGGCACAAGUAAAGUAACCAACUCACAAGACAGGCUUAAAUACUAAUGGACUGUAGUACUCUUGUUUCCAGAAAACCCACCCACGCACAACACCAGCCUUGUAUGCAGAACUGGCCACACUAUAGCGUUCAUCCUUUCUUCUACUUUCUGAAAGUAGAAAACAGAUUCCUUGCGAAGGAAUUCUUAAGUAGCCCUUGGGAAGUUGUAUUUAGGCAACACUAAUUAGACUUGGUCAGAAUAUGCUUUGUCUUGGUGCCAAUUGGAAUCAACUCUGAUUAAUUAAGCUUAUACCAGCUUCACUGCAUUUACAUGUAGACACUUAGUCAUCUUUUUUAAAAAAAUGCAUUUCAUUUAAUAAACACUUAAUAUUUAUCACCAUCUGCAUGCUUGUGAUGGACAUUAUCUGUGCAGGGAGAAAAAACAUGCUGUAGUCUGUAUUCUUAGCUACACCAAACCAAAACUAUGCAUCUAUUACAGACAACAGGAAAGUGAUGGAAAUUCUGACUCUUGCUACCUUUUUUCUAUUGGUAUUAGAGAACACGCAUGUUCCGUGUGUUUGCAAAUUGUUUUAAUUACGGAAAAGCUGAUCUUUGUAAAGUCCCGCAGGAAAGUAGAAAACCAUAGAUUGUAGAGCAGUAUUCGUUUAGAUGAUAAAAUAAACAGUACUCUAGUCA